AAUGUGUGUGUAAAUUAUUUUUUAAUUUACUUGUUUGAUGUAUUUUUAUUUUAGAAGUAGUCUAAACAUGAAUAAAACACAGUGGUUGCUUUGUAUUUGUGGAUUUCUGGAUUUAUUCUCUGUGGCUCUCUUCUUCCCAUUAUUUGUACAUCAUGCAAAGAACCUUGGUGCAUCUCCUAGUCAAAUCGGAUUGUUUAGUUCAGUGUAUGGAACAAUCCAGUUGUUUAGUAGUCCUUUUAUGGGACAGGUUAGCGAUCGUUUUGGUAGACGAACUAUUCUAUUAUUAUCGUUACUUGGUACAGCAAUUAGUUAUUUUUUAAUCGGGCAAGCUGUUGGAUUUUGGACUUUAGUAUUAGCUCGCAUCCCAUCGGGCUUAUUCAAACACGGACAAUCCAUGAAUCGUUUGUGGUUGGUUGAUAUCACGUCAUCUAACGAGUUAGCAGCUGUUUUUGGAACUUAUAACUCUAUUUCAAGUGCAGGGUUUAUCAUCGGACCAACCAUUGGAGGAAUUUUAUAUUCCACUACAGAUGGUUUUUUUAAAGUAUCAAUUUUGUCUUCAUUGCUUUUGAUAUUAAAUGCUAUUUUAGUUUACCUUUUUAUACCUGAAAAAAGAGUCUGUGAUCACAAGCUUUCUGUUCAAAAAUCUUCAACAAACCUUUUUUAUAAUAUCAAUAAUAUACCCUGGUAUUUAGUUUGGGAUAUAUUUGUUGUGCGAUUUCUACAAAGCUUUUCUAUGAUAUUAUAUCGAUCAAAUUUUACGAGUGUUUUAGUUUUUCGAUUCGAAAUCGAUGCUAUCGCCACUGGGUAUAUUCAAUCGUUUAAUGCAGUUAUCAGUGCUGGUACUGGAAUGAUGGUUCAGUGGAUUGUUUGCCAUUUUAGCAGUAAUAUGAAAUGUCACAAUAUAUUUUCUUUUAUUCUGGUAUUAUCACUUUUAGGGGUAACAAUAGGUCCAACACUAAGCUUUGUUUUGAUUUCAUUUGUACCACUUUGUAUUUCUUCAGCUGUUUUAAGAGUAACAAAUUCAACGUUGUUGUUCACCAGAGGUAACGCAAAAGUGCGGGGUUUAAUGAAUGGGACAGCAGAUACGUUAUCGUCUUUUGCCAGGGCUUUAGCUCCAGUUAUUGGAGGCUAUGUACAAGAAAUAAGUGUCUAUGGUCCUGGAAUAUCGAGUACGUUUUUUGCAGUAGCGGGAACUGCUAUAUCUGUGUAUGCUGACAAAAACUUAUUACACUUGCAUUUAGAUUAAAACUUAUCUAUUUUGAGAGCAUUCAGAAUGCAUUUACAGAAUGCAUUCAAAAUUACAUUUUAAAGAUGUUAGAUUACAUUUAGAGAUGUCGUGCCAUAUCUAAUGCAGCUCAGAGUUAAUUAACGACAUAAUUUUUAAAUUUAUACAUAAUAAAAAAAUUUAUACACUUUUUCAUUGAAAGGGUUUAAUUUUAAACUUUA